CUCUCUCUCUCUCAUAUGGACACCACCCUAGACCCGCCCUCCACCUCCGAACCCACCACUCCCACCCCCUCCCCCACCACCACCCAUGAAGACCUAAACUCCCUCAAAAAAGCCCAACUCUGCCUCCACUCCCUAUCUCAAAUCCUCCCCCCCAACACCACAUCCCUCCCCCCUUCCCUCCUCUCCUCCAACAACCCCCCCUUCUCUCUCCUCCACUCUCCUUCUCUCUCCUCCGAAAUCUCCUCCCUCCUUCGCCACCCCUCCUCCGGCUCCCCCGACAACCACCUCUGCCGCUGGCUCUACGAAACCUUCCACUCCUCCGACCCCACCCUCCAACUCCUCGUCCUUCGCUUCGUCCCCACCCUCGCGGGCCUCUACCUCUCCCGCGCCGUCAACCCCCGUAAACCCCCCCUCGCCGGCUUCGAGGCCGUCCUCUUGGCCCUCUACGCCCACGAGACCGCCAACCGUAACGGCCAGUCCGUCACGGUCUGCAUCCCGGACCUUUCUCACUCCAGCAUUUACCACGAAUCCACCGCCGCUGCGGCGAGGAAGGAAGGUGGCGGGGCGACGGAGCUGAAUCUGACGGUGGUGUCGGGGAGUUUGGAGCCGCAUGGGACGGUGAGGUCGACGAGGAGGGGGAGGAUCGUUGGGGUGGCGUUGGAGUUGUAUUACAGUAAGAUUUGUCAGAUGCCGGUGGAUUCCAAGGUCGAGUUCUGCGAUUUCUGUACGGUUUGGGCUGGGCAAGAUGGCGAUAUGUAUAAAGAUGGCGCAGAGGCUGACAAUGAAUCAGCUGAUCAACAGAGUGAACCCUCGGACGAAGGAAUCAAGGAAGAAAGUGGGGGAAAGGAGGAGGGGAGGAUCCCUCUGCCAUGGGAGCUUCUGCAACCAUCUCUGAGGAUUCUGGGACACUGCUUAAUGGGUCCCAACAUCAACAAGGAGGACAAAGCACUGCACGAAGCUGCUUUUGGUGCAUGCAGGAGUCUGUAUGCUCGGUCAAUGCAUGAUGUCAACCCAAAAGCCAUUUUGGCAACUGGGAGCCUUCUCAGGCUCGGGAAGAUGGCCAUGGAUUCAUCAAAUGAUAAUGAUGGUUUCGAUCCAACCGAGUUGCCGCAGGAUAAUGUUCUCACCCUCUAAAGCUCCAUCAACCUUCGUUGUUUCCUCAAUCUUGAGAUGUUAGACCGCGUGGUCAAAGUCUGAGACUUGGAAAUUUGCUCCCUCUUAGGUUUCGGGUUCGAAACUUCUUGGGUGCUAUAAAC